AGCAUGACACUCCGGCUUCUGUGACGUCAGUUGUUGCCACUUCGGGACGAGUUUUGAUCAUGGUUUUGAUGUAUUCUAAAUACACCAGAGUGGUCCAGGCACCAUACUACUGAUGGUAACUUUGAAAAGUUAGCAAGUUGUGAUUCAUAGCCGGGUUAUGGUGAUCGGAGGAAAACCAAGGCAGUGUGUUCAUCUCCCGGUCUCCCUGUAGACUGCUGGUUGCUGUGGGAAGAAAAGAACUCGAGCCAUCUUCGACGAUGGCUGUGUCGGUCCCGUGUCCCGAUCGUGUCAUCGGUGCAGUCCUGGACGAUGCAAGCUUUGUGAUAGAGCGCCGUGGGACUCUGGCCAGCACUGUGCACACGCCAGACGCCUGCGAAUGGUUUCACGCCAGCGCAGAUCGGGCGUCUGCCGAGAAGUUGCUACAGGGAUUGGGAGCGGACGAGGCAGGCCUGUUCCUGGUGCGCCCGAGCAGCUCUUCACCUGGGGACUUCGCCCUGAGCAUCCUGCAUCGGGGCGACGUGCUGCAUCUGCAGGUCCACCGGCACCGCGAGGACGCCUUCUUUAGCGUGGACGGCGGCCCUGUAGUGCACGGUCUCGAGGAACUGGUGGCCCAGAGCAGUUGCCCCAAAGGAGCGCCUUGGGGUUGCCCCUUGGGUCGCCCCUGCCCCGGGGGUGGGCCCCCGCCCCCCGACACGAGGCGUCACGGCCGCACCAACCUUCUGCACCGUGCCAUCAGGCAGGGGGACCUAGUGGUGGUGAGGGAGCUCCUGCGGGUCGGCUAUGCCACGGAGGCCAAAGACGAGGACGGGCGCACGGCCGUCCACCUGGCCUGCCUCGGGGGACACGUGGCCCUGCUGGCCGGCCUGCUCGCCACCGGUGCUGCCCCCUCGGGACCAGACGCGUCUGGACGCCACCCGCUACACUACGCCUGUGAGCAGGGGGACCCCGACCUCGCCCUGCAGCUGCUCCAAGCCGGGGCCAGCCCCCAGGCUCGGGACACAGACAACGGCUGGGUGCCGCUGCACGUGGCUGCCGCCAGGGGGCACCUGGACCUGGUCGCGCUGCUGCUGGAACACGGUGCCCCCAGUCGCCCUCGCACCCUUCAGAUGGAGCUUCCUGGCGACCUGGCAUUGCAGGGAAACCACAUUCACUGUGCCAAGCUUCUGGAAGCGUUCGAGCGGCCACCAGCGGCACUUUCGAGGAACUGUUGGCUGCACCCCUCGCACGUUGACCGAGAGUGUGCGGCGCGGCUCCUGAGUGGCGCCUCUGAUGGCACCUUCCUGGUGAGGCGUGGCCGCCGCAGUGGUGCCCCCUACGUGCUCUCCCUGGCCGGCCCGGCAUCGGUGUACCACUUCGAAAUACACUCGCAGGGCCAGUACCUGCACAUAGACGACGGUCCGCUGCUGGCGUCCCUGGAACACCUGGUGGACCAUUACUCCCGCUGCGAGGACGGACUGCCCACCCAGCUCAGGAAUCCACUGCCGCCAGAUGAGCCGCCACCGGUGGGCCCACGGACAGCAGCUUCGCGCCACCCGCUGCCGGCGACUGCGGUCGUUGGCAGGGACUCCCUUCGCUUGGGCCCCACCCUGGGAGAAGGGGAGUUUGGCUCGGUGCUCCAAGGGAUCUGGCUGACACCCGAGGGUACCGAGGUGUCGGUGGCAGUCAAGCGUCUGCGGGAGAUGUCGGCCGGGGAGGUCUUUGCCCGUGAGGCGGAGCUCAUGGUGGGCCUGCGCCAUCCGUGCGUCGUGCGCCUGCUGGCUGUCUGCCUCGGACCUCCCCUCAUGAUGGUGCAGGAGCUGCUGCCCCUAGGCUCCCUGCAAGCAUUCCUGCAGGUGCCAGGACAGGUGUGUUCCUUUGGGGAGGACCUUCCCCGCUGGGCCCACCAGGUGGCCUGUGGCAUGGCUUACCUCGAGGGCCGCCGCUUCGUGCACCGGGACCUGGCCGCCCGCAACCUGCUACUCGCCUCCCGCAUGCAGGUGAAGAUCAGCGACUUUGGCCUCUCUCGGGCACUGUCCGUAGGAAGUGACUACUACCGGGCAACCACGGGCGGGCGCUGGCCCCUCAAGUGGUACGCUCCAGAGUCGGUGAACUUUGGUACCUUCUCCCAUGCAAGCGACGUGUGGAGCUACGGCAUCACACUGUGGGAGAUGUACUCUCUGGGAGAGCUGCCCUACAAGGAUCUCACGGGGGUGCAGGUGUUGGCACUGGUGGAGUCCGGCCAGCGCCUGGCGGCUCCCGCCGGCUGCCCCGCCUGGGCGUACUUGGUCAUGCAACGCUGCUGGGACCUGCAGCCCGACAGGAGGCCCCGCUUCACGAGCCUGGCCGCCCUCUUCGCUUCCCACGCCGGACGCCUCCUCUGCGCCGGAUGUACACCCCAACCCUCGGGGGUCGCUGCGUAGGCGCCCUCGACGGACGUUUUCCCCGCCGGUGCGCCGCAGUUGGCGUCGAUGAGCGAUGAAGCGAGCUCUGCGGGUUCAUGGCCCACUCUGGGGUCCUUGCGCAGCACAAUGCGAGGAUGCAACUAUGUUGCUUGCUCGGUAUAUCCAGUUGUGCCAGUGAGGCAGAACCCAUUGAUCACCAUAUACUCCUAUGCAACUUGCAAGCGGCUAGUCUGGAGGAACAUACUGCCGUGCACGUCUGGUGGGAGCACAUACUUAUUACGGAGGUCUGGCAAAUUCGCUCGCCCUUGGCAGAGGCCGAUUUCAAAGUAACCUGCCCACGCAACUGAACCAGACUACGGUUGUGCCGACUGUGCCUACAUUAAUGCGCUGCUACCCUGCAACCCCUUCAAAUAUAUAAUGCUGCAUCGUGACCUUCCCCUCAACAUUUUAGAAUGCCACAAGCAUAGGUUUCACUCAACAAGGCAGAGGGUUAAAGCUCACCAGGCAAAAGUGACCCCCACUUGGCUACCACCAUGUUGUACAAUUUUGACCACUAGACACGUGACCGUACCAAAUGCCGAGGCUUUUAUGCAAAACUAAGCCGAGAUUUGUAUCGCAAUUGCUGUAAAAAAACUCAAUAAACUAUUUUUUCGACAUCGUUACCCCAGGGAUCAGUGUCUAGCUCAAAAAAAAAAACACCAAAAUACAGCACCCCGGCUGACAGCAUCUAGCGGAGGCACUGCAAAGCUGCCCAAGUUUUUGUCGUAAGAGCACAUUUUGGACUUAAAAUGAACGAAACAUAACUUAUCUCGUCGGUAAUGUUAUAAAACAAUAAGGUCACGUGUCUAGUGGUCCAAAAUGUGCAAUAAUGGCGGCGACCAAUUGGGGGUCGCUUUCAGCUGCCAGUUUAUCACUCCAAGCCCCUCUACCUCAUUGGUUUCACUGCAUGAACAGUAGUAUACAUAAUAGAUGGUGAAAAUUUGUUUCGCAGUUAAUAUAGUCUGUGAAUCAGCUGGGCAUCAAAAAGAAAUGGGUUCCAGCAGGAAUGACUAAAGUGAUCUUGUCUGUUAGUUUCUCAAAACAAGUGCCAAGUUUGGAGACCGCAACUCUCAGAUCCACCUCGAUGUUGAGCUGCGACCAUCAACGCCACCGCAGAGAAGCCAAGAUCACAUUUUUUUUAGGCAUACGCGAAUAGUGGAUUUUGGGUUUGAAGUGCAACAAAUAGUGGGUUCGGGACAGAGAUUUUCCAUAGAAUGUUGAAUAGUUUCUUUCGAGGCUUUUAUUACUGUUGCAGCAUGCUUAAAGGGAAACUCGGCUAAACUUGUAAAAAUUUCAAACUGCCACCUCUAAACUCUGUUGUUUAAGAAAUGUAGCCUCAGAAUGUCCAAUGGCUACAUUGGGACAGCAGAUAAAUUGUGGCAUUUGACAUAAAAUUAAACCUGUGUAGAGGUGCCCAGCUAUACUUAAUUAAGGGAAUUCAUAAGUCUUCCUGCUAUAUGCAAGCGCCUUUUCUUCAAUCUCAAAUAUGAAAAAAAAAAAAAGAAAAAGACAAUCACAAACUAUGAAUGCAGGUUGUCGGUGCAUCCCUGUUUAAUAUCUACUCUUGCAUAGUGGCUAGAUUAGCAUUGGCUAUGAACCUCCGGUACUUUACGAUAAACUGUGGCCAUUUAGCAACUGCCCAAAUAGUGCUAAAAGCUGUCGAAGGUUGUCCCGCGCAACAAACGAUGGUGUGGUGCUGUGGACCCAACAGUGCAAAGACAUGCCCAGAGACUGUGCUGUCAGGCAGAGUGGAGGUGCCACUUAGUGCCAAGUGCCUUUAUAAAGAAUGCAUAUCUGUGGCGAUUAACAGGCUAAGAAACAUAUGCCCAAUUACCACUCCGUUUCACGUGGGAUUUAACUUUGUGAUCGAGGCUUCCAAUUAUGGGAGUUUGAGAUCAACGAGGUGCUGGUACGAAAAGUUCUGCCUAGGCACUCCUGCAUGUUUCUGUGGCAGUUGUUGGCCCAUAGCAAUCUUUACGGGGAGAAAAGGCCCGUCUGCUUUCACAGUGUGUGCUAUAUCGAACCAUAUUUUCACAAAAAUGCCAUCUGUGCCAGAAUCUCAUGCUCAGAAUCUAGUGCGCCUUCUGCGCGACACCUGCAGGCAUUGCAUCGUCUCUUGAGCUCCUUCUGGGCAUUGUAUGCUGUGCGAGGCAGCACAACUUGAAUGCUACCACUCAAACGAUCAAGUUGGAAAAAGUUGCUUUGGAAUUUGCAUGGACAUUGUUAUAGAAUGGACAUUUCUGAGGGUCUUUAACGUGCUCCAAGUUGCAGUGCACACCCGUCCAUCGAUUCCAGUGCCAACAAGCAGGUUUCAUGAUCACGUCUGGGCUGUUUAUUGUCCAAGCAGGUUGCAGAUCGAGAUAUAUAAGGAGAUCCGGCUGGAGCACCAUAGUACUUAGUUUCUGGAAAAUUUAACCAGUCUGAGGCUUAGGGGGCUCCGCUUCCAAGGUGCCACACAAACUUUAUAACCGAAUUGCAAGUCAUUUGUUCUUGCCAGAAGUAUUUCACCUGCAAUGGAACUUCCCACUCGAGAUUAUGAGGCAAGUGCCAAGAAAAGCUACCAGCAGCCUCCGGUGUGGUAGCUUAUCUAGGAAUGCUCUGCAUGCUGUGCUCCGCACGUUAAGGACUCAAAAUCUCAACUUGCAGCCUUAAGCUUACAAAGGUCCAUCCGCUGCGCAAUCUGAAGUGCAAUUCAGACACUUUUGUUUUGUCUUACAUGUGCCCCACCAUUUUAAAAUGUGCAUUUAUUGAUGAAAUGUUAAUUUGUAUGCCUUUUGUUACAUUGUUGUACAUUGUUACCUUGUUGCCCGAUACCAGCAUACCUCCAUGCAAACAUGUUUGCAUAGGGGUACGAGGUCAUGAGAUACUCUAAACGACUUUAUUUUUGGCAAGCUUUCAAAAUGCGGGUUUCGGAACAUUUUGCGGACACUAAAGUCUGCACUUGGGAGCAGUGCUGUGUGUUUGUUACCCACUUCCACUUUUAUGCAAUAUUCUUAAAAUCGUAAAGACUUGGUCCUUGCAAAAAGGAAGUCGUUUACAGUAUGUGUCAAGUGAACAUUUGUUUUUAGAUGAAAGAAGUCCCAUAAUACCUCCAAUUAAUGGGACAAGUGUGUACUGCCGCUGCACAUUGCGGUAUCAGGGUUUGCAUUGUUACAGGUUUUAUGGGUUACAUAAAUAAAACUGAAUUUGUUAGA